AUGUUUUGUAUUAUUAUUUUUAGGCACUCAGUUUACUGGCUUGAUGAACUACCAAAGUCAAAAAACACCUCCACGACUGUCUUUGAACUGACCCCACGCUUAGAGCAGCUCGCCCAAAGCAAACAAACAAGCCGUUUCUUUCAGGAGAGCAGAAGGACACCGGAAUGGACGGUUCACGCAGCAGCAUUGAAAGCCUGUCCUUCUCAGAGGGUGUGUUCGCUGGCACUGCCUCGUCUGCCUGCUGAAGGCUGGGAGUCUGAUCGCCCCCUUCCGGCCACUUUGAGUGUUGCAGUUAAAACUGCCGAGGCGAGCCCAAGGGUCUGCCAGUUGGCCCAUCCAAAGCGGGUGAAGAUGGUGUUGAGUCACUUCAGAGUCGAUUCAAACGCCCAUGCAGAAACCUUUCCCACGACCACACCCUCUGCACCCUCCGCUCGUAUACAGCAGCUGGCCUCUCCUAAACAGGUUCAUCCUCAGCACGCCCUUACCAGGCCAGUAUCGUGGCCUGUUCCAGAUUGUGUUCUGAAGGCUGUAGCCAGUGAGAGACUGCAAGUUCUGGCUCGACCCAAGACCCGUCAAGCCCUGUUUGAGGGAUACGAACCUUACAGGAUAACUCCUGCUGCCCGUGCCGCCACUGCCUCCCCAAGACUACUGGAGCUGUCUUUACCCUUACCACGGAAAUGUAAAGGCCAGUAAAUGACCAUCCCUCCAUCUUCAGUGAGGCUAAUGUGCUACAUUUUUUUCAAAAUCAUUCCACUGUUAUUCAAGGUUUCCAGCACAGAAAUCAGUUAUAAUACAUUUUUUACAUAAGUUUUAAGUUUGUUUAACACAAUGCAAAUGAUCAUAACUUAUUUAGUAAUUAUGUCUUGUUUUCCAGUAAAAAUAUCUAAACAUUCUGAAAACAAGAUAACAAAUCUUGUUUUCAGAGAUACUGUAUGUAACAA